CUUCUCCCUCUCUCUCUCUCUCUCUCUCUCUCUCUCUUCUUCUUUGUCUCUUUCUUAAUUUCUCUCUGAAAAAGAAGAAAGAAAAGCAUGGAUAAAUCACCCUGCAACUCUCAGGAUGUUGAAGUGAGAAAAGGGCCGUGGACCAUGGAAGAAGACUUGAUUCUGAUCAAUUAUAUAGCCAACCAUGGGGAAGGCGUGUGGAACUCUCUUGCUAAAGCAGCCGGCCUGAAACGUACAGGAAAGAGCUGCCGUCUCCGGUGGCUGAAUUAUCUUCGGCCGGAUGUGAAGAGAGGAAAUAUCACACCAGAGGAACAGCUCUUGAUAAUGGAACUUCAUGCUAAGUGGGGAAACAGGUGGUCAAAGAUUGCGAAGCAUCUACCUGGAAGAACAGACAAUGAGAUAAAGAAUUUCUGGAGAACAAGAAUCCAGAAGCAUAUUAAACAAGCUGAGACGUUUUCUGCACAAAGUUCUGAGGCAAAUGAGCAGGCAAGUUUAAGCCAAAUUUUACACACAACGGAAGUUUAUUCUCCUCCUUCGUAUCCUCCAAAUAUGCAGGACCAUCAGGCUUUCCCAAUGGCGCCUUUGCCUGCUGAAGCGAAUGAAAACUAUUGGAGCAUGGAGGAUCUCUGGUUACUUAAUGCUGAUCAAUGAUUUUGAGGUCCAAAUCUCUAAAUUGGACGAAUGUUAGAUUUAUGAUAAAUAGUUUGAUGGAAUUUAUAUGGCUUGUAAUAGGUUUCCCAUACACUGCAUCUACUACUUUAAUAUAUAUGUUUAUACAAUAAUUAAUUAAUAUUUAGCUUUUAAUAUCA